AUGUCCAUGAGAGUAGAGCGUUCUACACUUGAUCAAGUUAAAAAACGAUUUGAAGUAAACAAGAAAAAAAUGGAGGAAAAACAAAAAGACUAUGACUUUGAGGAGCGAAUGAAGGAACUACGGGAAGAGGAAGAGAAAGCACGAGCUUAUAAAAAAGAAAAGCAGCGGGAAAAGAAACGGAAGGCAGAAGAAGACCUUGGCUUUGAAGAAGACGAUGAAAUGGCUGCUGUUAUGGGUUUCUCAGGGUUCGGUUCCUCUAAAAAGAGCCACUGA